AUGGGCGGCUUUCUCGAAGCCGUGCCUUGUGGUGGCCCCUUCUGCCACUUCGCCUGCGAGGAAGGCUGGAACCACAGCGUCCCGGAGCUGGUGCCGAACCUGACGCCCGUGGCCGUCGGAGAAGCCUGGGUGUACCCCAUCGGCUUCGCCAUCCCGGAGGAGCUGAUGGUCCCGUGCCUUCCCAAGAAGUACUGGCCCUUCGCGGUCUCUGACGGCUCCGAGGGCCUGGCUUCGGUGUGGGAGUACCAAUUCAAGUUCUACCAGGAACGCGAGUAUCACCGUCAGUACCGGCACGCAUUCUUCGGCAUCACCCGGAAGAAGUACGGCUACGACUGCCUGCGCCACUACGAGGUCAUCGCCAACGGGGCGCUGCCGCUGUUUCUGGGCCUCGACGCCUUGGCGCGGGAGGCGGUGCCCUUUCUGCCCCGGGAGCUGCUGAGAGGCGCUUGGGAGCUGCUGGGGAACCAGAGCCUCAGGGCCAAGCGCUUGAGGAUCGACACGGGCCGGUACUACGCCUUGCUGAAGAGCAUGUUGGCCUACGCUCGGCGGCACCUGACCACCAAAGCUAUGGCCAGGUACGUGUUGGGCACCAUGGGCUUUUCGGGCUGCCCCAAGAUCUUGUUCCUCUCCGGGCGGAUCGUCCCGGACUACCAGCGGGAUCUGCUGCUGCACGGCCUCAAGACGCUCUGCGCUUCCCUCGGCGCGCGCGGAGCGGUGGUGGAGGUCCCCAGAGUGGACCAUCUCUACGGCCCGGACCCCCGGAAGCGCCCGGACCCCAAGGGGGAGGACUGGCAGAAGCGGAAGGGCCGGCUGUACGGGAACGGGUUCACGUACGCCAUGACCCUGGAGUUUGCGAUGGGGCAGGUGGACCGCACGAGGAUCAGGCAAAGAAUCCUGGACCACGAGUUCGACCUGGUGAUGUACGGCAGCGUGUAUCGGGGCCAGGACUUCAUGGAUGAGGUGCAAGCGGCCUACUUGCCGAAGGAGAUCGCUUUCAUCGACGGAGAGGACUUGCAUGGGGAGGACGCCAUGAGGAGCUUUGCUCACGCAGGCUUCCACUUCCGCCGGGAGCUGGUGGUGCUGUUGUUGCCCGAAGAUGUCCGGCGCACCACCUAUGCCGAUGGCUGGCAGCCCAGAAUGCUUUGCUUCGGCUUUGUGCCACCGCCCCCGGGGCUGCCGCUGAACUUCCAGUCGCUGCCGCCUAUGGGGCAACAUCAGCAGCAUCAGGGUCUGCGCCCGCCUCCGGGCGCACCACCCCCACCGCCCGGCCUGAACCUCUCCGGUCUGGGCCUACCGCCUCACAUGACUGGACUGCCGCCUCCCGGAGGUCUUGGCCCUGGGCUGAUCCCAGGCCUCGACUUCACGCAGCCCGGCACAGCUCCCUCGGCGCAGGCUGGACUGCUUGCGCCUCCUCCCCCAGGGAUGAGCAAUGCUGCCGCGCAAGCUGCCCAGGCGGCAAUCCAGAGUGCGCAGCAAAAGGCGGCAAGUGAGCAAGAGCAGCAGAAGGCCCAGCAAGCGGCGAUGGAGGCUCAAACGCAGGCACGAGCCCAACAAGCUGCCCAGCAAGCCGCGCAGCAAGCCGCGCAGCAGGCUGCCCAGGCGGCCACACAAGCCCCGCCGCCCAGUCCGGGCCUGGCUCCUCCAAACCAGGCCCAGCAGGCGGCCCAGCAAGCAGCGCAGCAAGCAGCGCAGCAAGCGGCCCAGCAGGCUGCGGCGCAGCAAGCGGCCCAACAAGCGGCGCAGCAGGCUGCGGCCCAGCAAGCGGCACAGGCGGCAGCUCAAGCAGGAGUCUCCCUGGGCAGCUUGGGUGGAUUAUCCCUGGAUAGCCUUCAUGGACUGGAUAGCCUUCAUGGACUGCAACUGGCGGGACUGGAUCAAGCCAAUGCCCAAGCCCAGUCGCAGGCGGCAAUAGAUGCGCAGGCAGCGCUCGAUGCACACAACGCCGCAAGCCUCGCGGAGCUGCAAGCUCAAGCGCAGGCGCAAGUGCAAGCAGCGGAAGCGGCCGCGAGAUUUGCACAGGAACAGGCGCAGGCUGUGGCUGAAGCGCAGCAGCGCGCAGUGGUGCAGGCACAAGCUGCAGCAGCAGCUGAGCAAGCCAGGCUGCAGCAGCAACAGCAGCAGCAGCAGCGGGAGCAGGCCAUCGCGCACGCCAAGCAGCGCCGCGAGGAGAAGAUCAAAGAGGCGCAGAUGGAGCGGGAGGCCGAGGAGAAGCUGAGGUGUCACCUGCACAAGAAGCCCAACAACAAGUGCAAGUUCUGCAAGCGUCAUCAGGAGCACAUCACGAAUCGUGACGAGAAGAAGGCUCAGUCGGUCAAAAGUAGCCCAGCGGAGAGGAGAUUUGACUUGGUCAAUACGCCCCGGGGAGCGCUGGAGAUUGCGAACAGCAAGACCUAUGGCUUUAGCCCGCUGUUGCAAACGCAUGUGGUGGAGUCGGCUCACUUCAAGGCGCUUCUGUCCCUGGAGUCCUUCGACCAGAUGAUCGAGGAGAUGAACCAGUUUGCAGACAACAUCGAGCCGUAUAUGCCCAACAGCAAUACGACACCCUCAGCGCUUUUCUGCUGUCUCUACCGGCUGUUCACUAUGGGAAUCGACAGCCGGCAGCUCAGAAGGUUGAUGGACCAUGCGGACAACACGUACAUUCGAUGUGUAGGCUUUCUCUUCGUGCGCUUCGGCCUGGCGCCUGACUCGCUCUGGAAUUGGCUGGGUGAGUACGUCCUCGACGACGAGGAGUUGCGGCCUGCCAAGGACUCCGAGUGGCGCACGACCAUCGGGGAGUUCGUGGAGGGCUUGUUGAGCCAGGACAAGUACUAUUCGACGGUGCUGCCACGGCUGCCGAUGUCAACUAAGAGGCAGCUGGAAGCCAAGUUGGCGCCGAUCCCCCAGAGCCGAAAGCGGUCCAAGUGCAACUUGGCCUUUUUGGAGGUCUAUCGAGAACAGGGCGUGAAGGUGGAGGUGAACAACGACGGCGACUGGUCAACUGGCUCCACUCUGGAGCUGAUCGAGGACAUCCCCUCACGGCUGAAGGUGCUAGUGAAGAUGGAAGACGACAGCGAGAGGGUGAUCAGUCUAGGCCGAAUCAUCCUGGCAGAUUCUAGAUAUAAAAGCACGGUGGGCCGAAUGCCCCGCGGGCGUUCGCGAAGUCGCUCCCGAGACGGCGUUGACUGGGCCCGAGAGAAGGGCAAGACGGACAAAGAGUUAGUGGAAGAGAUGCGCAAGGCGGACAGAGAGAAAGCUGUCUGCUCUUCGGGCAAGGAGUACGCGCGGAAGCCGGUGGGUUACAAGGCGGCCUGUGCACUGCCUCGGGAGCAAGGUGCGGCGUCCCACCGCCUCAUGGAGGAGGAGACUUUCGUCCCCAUGAAGCAGGUCCGAAGGCGAAGCCCCUCACCCAGCAAGGGAGAGCAAGACUUCCGGCGCAACGCCCCGUCUGCGGAGCACCAGGCGCGCAUGCAGCAGCUCUUCGAGAAGUACGGCAUGGCCAAGGGCUCCGAGAGCGGGCGCUCGGGCCACGACAUCGAUGGCCCAGAGAUGAUGCGCUUCGGCUGA